CUCCGCAUCAACAAAGCGGCAAUGUGGAAGGUCACUCUGCAUGCGCACGACUCGGAGACCAACGUCCACCAGCCACCGCAGCUGUUCUGGGUCAAGCCGGGCAAGAUGUACAAGGCUGGUCGGGUCGACUGUGAUGUGCUCAUCGACGACGGCUCCGUCUCGCGCCAUCAUCUCAACCUCCGCGCCACCGAGUCGCCUGUGGCAGAAGACCCACCGUUGCUCACACUGGAGGAUGUCUCGCGGUACGGCACGUUCCUGAACAAGCGCCGGGUUCAGUCCCAGGCCGAGACGCUGCUGCAGGACGGCGACGUCAUCACGCUUGGCGAUGGCGAGACCAAGCUCAUCAUCGGGUACUCGGCCAAGGGCAUGGUCGAGGCCGGCCCGGCACCGGGCUCGCGGCCGACCUCGCAUGUCGGCGCUGGCGGUGCUGAUCCGUCGCGUGCGGGCCCGUCGCAGAUCGAGGUCCUCCGCGCUCGGCGCAACAACCUCGAGAACGGGGCACCGCCGCCGGCGGCAGCGUCCAAGCCCGACGGCCCGUCGCCUUCGGGCUCGACGGUCACUGUCGACGCGGAAGAGUAUGAAAAGCUCAAGAAGGACAACGCGUCGAUCUACAAGCAGUUCCUAGAGAUGGAGAAGCAACACCGUGUCGAGUCCAAGGCCAAGGCCGAGCUUCAGGCCCUCGUUGCCCUGCACAACAUUUCGCUCGUUUCCACCAACUCGGACGAGGCCACUACCAAGGACCUCUUCCAUGGCAUGCUCCACUCGGCUGUCGAGUAUCUGGCAGAGAAGAACCCCAAGACAGCGUCGACAGUGGUGGAGGCGCUUGUCGCCCAGCUGCCGGACGCGCUCCGCGAGAACAACACAACCGCGGCCUCGCACACGCUCGAGACGCUGCUCGCCCUCAAGGCUCGGGCCGUCGCCGGCUUUGACGACGCCUUUGUCGCCGGUGCUGGCAUCGAGUCGAUGCUCGGCCUUCUUGCCGACGCGUCGGCCAUUGAGGAGCUCCAGGUCCUCGCCGGCAACAUGCUCUCCAUCCUUACUGCAUCCAUCAAGGCGCUGCAGCGGAUCCGGGCUUGGCCUGGCCUCGCCGCGCUCCGGGAAACCCACGCCGCUGCCGACGCCAGCGAUCCGGUUGCCGUGCUCCUCACCCAGGUCUUUGAGAAGGUCGACAACGGCCCGCGCGAUGAGAUCUCCGAGUACCUCGAAUCGCAGCUUGCCCAGAUUGUCGGCCUCUCGCAGGUCAAGGAGCAGAUGCGCCGCAUGCUCAAGGCCAUUCGGCUCAACGAGCGCCGCCGGCUGGCCGGUGUCACCGUCACCGCCAAGGCUGACCAUCACAUGGUGCUCAUUGGCAACCCUGGAACCGGAAAGACCACCGUUGCCCGCCUCCUCGCCGCACUCUUCUUCAAGAUUGGCCUCAUCUCGCGCGAUGUCUUUGUCGAGGUCUCGCGCGAGGACCUCGUCGCCGGCUACAUCGGACAGACCGCCAUCCAGACCAAGGCCGUCAUCCAGCGCGCCGCAGGUGGCGUGCUCUUCAUCGACGAGGCCUACCGGCUGAGCUCGGGCGGCAAGAAGGAUUUUGGAAAGGAAGCCAUCGAGACGCUUAUGACCGAGAUGACUCGCCAGAACCCUGGCGACGAGCGCAUCAUCUUUAUCUUUGCCGGCUACGCCGACGAGAUGACUGAGUUCAAGUCGGUCAACCCCGGCCUCUCGCGCCGCAUCUCGUACACCUUUGACUUUGCCGACUACUCGGUGGACGAGCUUGUUCAGAUCGUCAUCCAGAAGGUCGCCUCCAAGAACUUCAAGCUCGCUCCUGGCGUUGAGACCGAGCUCGCGCCCAUCAUUUCGUCGGCCUUUUCGCCGACCGAGCGCUCCAAGCACAACGGCGGCCUCUCGUCGCGCCUCGUCGACAAUGCUAUUGAGCAUCUCAACAUGCGCCUCGACCUUGACUCGGGCUCUAUCGACACACUCGUCACGCUUACCACCGACGACUUUGCCCAGGGCGCCGUCAAGCUCAAGGAGGCCUGGUGGGGAUGAGAGCUGCGGCGUUAUUGAACUUGUGUACCCUCCUCCUC